CCAUUAGCCUUCAUGCUGCCAGUUUUCUCAUCCGCUAGCGAAAGCAACUCAUGCACACAGUUGAGCUGUGAGCAGUCUUUGAAACAAGCAUCGUUUUGAACAUAUUGACCAAAGAGACCAAAGGAAGAAGCUGAUUCACAAUUCAAUUCACAAUCCUUGUUGCGCGUACAAGAUUUACAGCAGCCUCGUUAAAUAAUGGCGACAGCUGCGGUAUCUGCCACUGCUGCUUGCGGGCACAACCCCGGAUCGGACGCCGAGUUAGUUCGCGGGCAGGCCUUCGAUGUUGGGCCCCGUUACAGCAAUCUUUCCUACAUUGGAGAGGGGGCCUACGGAAUGGUGUGCUCUGCCUAUGACCAGGACAACAAGGUACGCGUGGCCAUUAAGAAGAUCAGCCCCUUCGAGCACCAAACGUACUGUCAGCGCACCCUGAGAGAGAUCAAGAUCCUGCUGCGCUUCAAACAUGAAAACAUCAUCGGAAUCAAUGACAUCAUCCGCACACCAACUGCUGACCUGAUGAAAGAUGUCUAUAUUGUCCAGGAUCUGAUGGAGACAGACCUCUACAAACUCCUGAAGACCCAGCACCUGAGCAACGACCACAUCUGCUACUUCCUGUACCAAAUCCUGAGAGGACUCAAGUACAUCCAUUCUGCCAACGUUCUUCACAGAGACCUCAAACCCUCGAACUUACUGCUCAACACGACCUGCGAUCUCAAGGUCUGUGACUUUGGUCUGGCCCGCGUGGCCGACCCUGACCACGAUCACACCGGCUUCCUGACCGAGUACGUGGCCACCCGCUGGUACCGGGCUCCUGAAAUCAUGCUCAACUCCAAAGGUUACACCAAGUCCAUUGACAUCUGGUCAGUCGGCUGCAUCCUAGCAGAAAUGCUAUCCAACAGGCCUAUCUUCCCUGGAAAACAUUACUUGGAUCAGCUCAACCAUAUUUUAGGUAUACUAGGUUCUCCGUCCCAGGAAGACCUGAACUGUAUCAUCAAUAUCAAGGCAAGGAACUACCUGUUGUCUCUCCCCCUGCGCUGCAAAGUGCCCUGGAACCGCCUCUUCACCAACGCCGACCCCAAAGCGCUGGACCUAUUGGAUAAGAUGUUGACCUUCAACCCCCACAAAAGGAUUGAGGUGGAGGAAGCUCUGGCCCACCCGUACCUGGAACAGUAUUAUGACCCCACAGAUGAGCCUGUAGCCGAAGCUCCAUUUAAGUUUGACAUGGAGCUUGAUGACCUCCCCAAAGAAACAUUAAAGGAGCUAAUUUUUGAAGAAACGGCACGCUUCCAAACAUGAUUCAGGCCCUAACCUCCCACAUAGACGAUGCUCCGGACUUGCUUCUGCUUCGCCACAGUUCUGCCUCUACCUUGUCGCUGUGGUUUAACCUGUCUCCAGGAUUGCCUGUAUUCCGUUGUUUGUCCACUGCUCAGGAAGGAUGUCAAAUCAGUCUCUUUUUCCUCUCUCUCUCUCCCCCCCCCCCCCCCCCCCCCUCCUCACAUCCCUCAAUUCCCAUUUUCCAAUUUUCUGAUCCGGGUGUGAUUUUAUUUUUAUUUUUUUCUCUUCCCCUGUUCCUUUCUCCAUGAUAUCCUUCACCCUUUGUGUAUUGGGUGAAUGGCUUAUUAAUGUGGAGGUGCUUAUGUAUUGAAGCCAAGAUUAACAAAUAUGCUAUUUCUGUUCAAUAAGAUAUUUGUCUGUCUUGUCAAAUUAGUCAUGAACUUGCUGUUCUGUGCAAAUUUACUUGUGGCUAUUAUAAAUAUACAAUGCACAAGCAAUGGUAAAUUUGGUGAAUUGCUUUUGGAGGGAACGUCUGAUUAUUAACAUACAUUUCAGUUUUAAACUUGAGCCCAAUUUUAAAGUAUAUAAUUUGUUAGCUCUUACAUUAGAGAUCAAAUCAACGGAUUUAUGCAAUGGAUUAAUCACCUGAUGACUUCUAGGUCACUAAUGGGUUUUGAGGGAGAGCACAUGUAGGGAUAGGGUUUGUUAAUGGGUCUUAUUGGGGCUUCGAAAAUGGCUAACCAACACUCGGAGCAACAACAUUUCCUUGGACACCAUAUAGAUCUGCUAAGAGCAUAUUGUCACCAAAGCCUGACAGUUUGUCAUUAUAUUGUAGACUGAAUAGGAGGGAAAGGUGAGGGAUCAUAUAGAUUGAUGCGUUUACUAAUGGACCAGCUGGAAAAUUACGUGAAGACCACAUUGUUCCCAUUGAAGAUUUGGAUCUUUUGUAGUUCAGUCUUUUUGCUUGUGGUCAGUUGGAGAGAUUUUCCUUUCCAAUUAAAAAUGCCUGGAAAGGGUGUUCCACUAGUUCAAUCUAAUUUGUGGGAGACAAACACAAAUAAAAUCUACAAUUUAAAUGACCAUAACAUCACAGAUCAAUGAAUGAAUUACACUGAUAACUCAUUUGUAAAUAAAAGAAUUAAGUGCAGUUCCGCCUUUUUCUCCCUUCAGAUUUUCUAUGUGCCUCGUUGCGUGUGUCUUCUGUUUCUUGCCAAGUGCUCUUUGCAUGACUGUUAAAGCUCUGUAUACAAAGACAGUGUAAGUGCCACAUAGUCAGAUAUUCUAACUGGGAUGCCAAGGCUCUUCUUAUUUUACCUUUUGUGGUCUCAAUCUUCCUAAUCACAGGGUUCUUUCUUUUCCUUUUUUUUACCUCUUAUUUUCAGUUUUUAUUCUGCUAUUAGUUUGUCUUUUUGUAUUUAUUUUUAUUUUGUAUUUAUUAAAAAUGUGUUUUGUUACGGUGCAUUACUUUUUAAAGCAGUUUUCCUUCGCAUGCUAAAACAUUUUGGUUUAAUGGUUGUACCAGGCUGAGGAAUUUGGUUCCUGGGAAAUCAUGCUGCAUAAUGUACCUGUACAGGAUUAUGUAUUUAGAGAAUCAUCUGGGCCUCUUGUAGAUUUUUUUUUAGUUUCUCUUUCCAACUAAUGCCAGAAUAAUGUCUAAAUUAUGAACGGUUCUUUUUAAGAUUUUGUCCACUGGAAAUGUAGAAUUUUAUAAGUACUGUAAUAUUAAAUAUAAUUAGUGGUUACAUCAUAUCAUUGCAGCAUCUCAGGUUCUAACCCUGGCUUUCAUUUACUACUGGCUUUACAUGCACUUACGCCGUUAGUUAUUGAAAUGAAAACAAAAUUACAAUCCAAAAUUCACAAAAAAUAUUAUCUGUGCUUUUGUGUGUAACACUUUUUCGACAAACAAUGAUUGCACUUAUUUCAGUGUUUUUUUUACAAUGCUUUCUUUGGACGUGUCGAUUCAGAAUCAGGUGCCAACAGGGCCUUAACUCACUCCACUGCAUAUCUGUUCUAAUAUAAGCUUCAUUAAGUCUGUGUACACCCUGUUUGCUUUUUGUGCCUUUCUUAAAUUUUAUUUCAUGUUCAUGGACAAGUAUUCUUAGAUUUGUUUUGUUAGAUAUUUUGUGAUGACAGUCAGUGGUUUAAAACUAUAAAGAAAAUGAACACAAAAAAAUAUUGCUACAUUAUAUUUGUUUCUGCAACCUUUCAACUGUGAUUAAGUAUAAUUUUGGCUUAAUGUAUUACUGCCUCUAUUGCUUAUUUCCUGAUGUUGGCAUAUAUUAUUUUGUGAAAUGAAUGUUAUUAAAUAUUGAUCAUGUGUAAGAUGUUAGCAUGAAUUUAAACGCUUCUGGGUAUAUUUUGAGUAAGAACCUUUAAUUAGAAAUGUCAAGGGAUCGAAAAGUUACUGUUUGUGUUGUAUUUUUGCAGUUUACAUUGGCAUCAGUCGGUAAGAAAAAAAAAAAAAAGCAACUUUGUCAUUUAGUCUUGUCUCGGAUUUGAACAAACCAUAUGCAAAUGUUUAGGGCUUAGUCGCUUAUGAUUUAUCCAGUUCUUGUCAUAUACCAUACUAUAUCAUUUAGAAACUAUUAAAUACCCUGUUUUA